AUGGCCGAAGACUCGAUGGAGAUUUUUGCUAGUGGGUUUGGGAUGGUGUUUGGUGAAGUGCCGGUAACGCUUGGGACUACACACGGAGUGUACACACACGAGUCGACGGGGAUAAGGAUCCAGAUUCCGGAUACCGAGUCUGAGAAUUGGGCGCUCCAGGCUGAUGGAGUGUGGCAGGCUGCGGUGUACAUGGCGGAUCACCUGCCCAGGCCACUCAAGGGGAAGAGAGUGCUCGAGUUGGGCGCGGCGGCUGGGUUGCCGGGUAUCGUGUCGGCGUUUGGGGAUCGAGAAGACGAGCCGGAACGGGUGGUUCUGAGCGACUAUCCCGAUAAAGGCAUUCUCGCCCGUCUUGAGGAAAACGUCGAAGCAAACAAAAGAACGAGUCGAGUGAAGACGGUGGUGGAAGGACACGCGUGGGGUUCUGCCGAUGGGUUACGGGAGAGGUUUGAUGUGGUGUUGGCGGCCGAUGUGUUGUGGAUGGAAGAUAUGCACGAGGCAUUGUGCGAGACGCUGGAUCGGGUCGUCGCGCCGUUUGGGCAAGUGCAUAUAGUUGCAGGCUUACACACGGGCCGAGGUACGAUCACGUCCUUUUUCGACAUGGCCAAGAAGCAUCAUUUGGAGCCGAGUGAAAUCUACCAAGUGCGAAUCAACGAGCCGGGACUCGGCAUGCAUGGAGAGACCAUGUCGAGGGCGAGACGAUGGAGGAGCGACGCGGGUGGCUGGUUGUGGCAGUGUUGUUCUGGAGAAGCGAGAGGAGGUAUGCCAGGGCUCGCAUUUCCGGUGACUAUGGGUACGAUGGGGUGCUGGAUGGGAUACGAGGAGAGGGUGGGAGGGAUUGGGAGGGAUAUACCGAUCGAUCCGUCGCUGCUGAAUGAGGUCGCGGUGGUGGAGGGGUCAAGGGAGGGAGGGUCAAGGGAGGGAGGAGCGGACGGGAUGGCGGACGGGCGGUGGUUCGGGGGACCAGGGGUGAUGGAAGUUGGGGACGGAUGGGCGGACGGGUGUGUUCAGGACGACCAUCGCCAUCGCGGGGACCCGAUUGGACUGGGACUCGGAGUGCCGCCCUCGCUCGAGGAACAGGAGCAAGCGGCGCUGCUGCCACCGACCCCGCCGCUCUCGCUGACUCAUCCAACCUAUCCCAAGCACGACAAGAAGAAGCGCCGCCGUCCGCCCAAGCCCAGAGACAGAGACAGAGACAGACUAGUCCCCCUGAUCGACAUGGAGUGUUCCUUCUGCUCUGGAGACCGCGAAUCCAACAGACAUGGUGUCCCAGAGAACAUGGCCUCCUGUGCUCACUGUGGCCGCAGUGGCCAUCCCUCGUGCAUGGAGAUCCCCCAGCUUGGCGACAUCAUCCGCUCCUACCCGUGGCGCUGCCAGGAGUGCAAAGAAUGCGAGAUAUGCAAAGCAAAGGGCGACGAUUCGAAAAUGUUGUUUUGCGAUCAGUGCGACCGAGGCUGGCACUGCGACUGUCUCACUCCUCCCCUCAGCCGCGCCCCCCGAGGCAAGUGGUCCUGCCCCAUGUGCCACACCAAGGAGCCACACGCACCGACGCCUGUUCCACCCAACUCGUCUCCAUCCAAACCAUCCAACAGAUCCCGCCGCAAAGACACCACAAAGUCAAAGUCCCUCUCCAACUCACCCGUCCCAAACAAGGCCAAGCGCACUGUCCCCCAGGUCCUCACCCCCGAGACAGAAUCCCAUGAACCCGAAGAGCGGCCCCCUUCACCGUCCCCCUCUCUUGCCUCCCAACCCCCCCUUCCCCCCUCAGAACCCGACCAUGAAUCAGAGCCCGAACCACAAGCCAUUCCAUUCCCAACCAUUUCCCCCCACACUUCCACAUCUCCUAGACACACCCUCCGAUUCAAACGCACAUCAACCACCCAGCAGCCCCAGUCUUCACCAACCCGCCCCAUCAAGGUCCGCAUCCGCCUCACCUCCAAGUCCGACAACGAAGGUCCCAACAAGGGCAUCACCGAGCUUGACUCUGAGCCCGCCAACGAUCCCUUUGGCGGCAUUCUUUCCGCUGCAGACGCCGAUACGACUAAAACAGCCAUACGCAUUCAGAAACUCUCAGCAGCAGGUUCAUCUUCCUACUUUGCCACCCCUUCUUCGUCCACCUACCAACUCCCCGGCUUCGCUCCUCCCCCUCCUAUACGCGCACUUAGAUCCCGAGCGUCCCCCCCUCCUACCACCCCCACCAUCUCCACCCCGGGCGGCAUCCCACCCGUCAAUAUCCUCAACACUUCCAAUGGUCUACGCAUUAAAACCAUUCGCUUCGGUCAAUUCGACAUUGACACAUGGUACGACGCCCCCUUUCCCGAAGAGUUUUCCAAUAUCCCAGAGGGGCGACUAUGGAUGUGCGAGUUUUGUCUCAAGUAUAUGAAGAGUGGGUUCCAGGCCGGCCGACACAAGGCAAGUCUCCCAGCCUGCAUGAUGCAACAACAACAACAAGUUGACGCUGUGGCUAGAUGA